AUGGCCAACCAGACCUUCUCCGCAGACGGCCUCUUGUCCGUCCUGGCCUCCCAGAGCGUCCCGUCCAGGGCGUCGGCGGGCGCCCCCGGCCCGGCCUGGGACGCCUCGGCCUACCUGAAGCUGGUCUCCCUGGGCCUGAUCAUUUGCGUGAGCCUGGCGGGCAACCUGUCGGUUUCUCUGCUGGUCCUCCGAGAACGGACGCUCCACAAGGCACCUUACUUCUUCCUGCUGGACCUGUGCCUGGCGGACGCGGCUCGCUCGGCCGCCUGCUUCCCGUUCGUGCUGGCGUCGGUCCGCAACGGCUCGGCCUGGACCUACAGCGCCCUGAGCUGCAAGGUGGUGGCCUUCAUGGCGGUGCUCUUCUGCUUCCACGCCGCCUUUAUGCUCUUCUGCGUGGCCGUCACCCGCUACCUGGCCAUCGCCCACCACCGCUUCUACGCCAAGCGCAUGACCGUCUGGACCUGCGCCGCUGUGGUCUGCAUGGUGUGGACCUUGGCAGUGGCCAUGGCCUUCCCGCCCGUCUUCGACGUGGGCACCUACAAGUUCAUCCGCGACGAGGACCAGUGCAUCUUCGAGCACCGCUACCUGAAGACCAACGACACCCUUGGCUUCAUGCUGAUGCUGGCCGCCGUGGUGCUGGCCACGCAUGGCUUCUACGCCAAGUUGCUGCUCUUCGAGUACCGCCACCGCAAGAUGAAGCCGGUCCAGCUGGUGCCGGCCAUCAGCCAGAACUGGACCUUCCACGGCCCCGGCGCCACCGGCCAGGCGGCGGCCAACUGGAUCGCCGGCUUCGGCCGGGGCCCCAUGCCGCCCACCCUGCUGGGCAUCCGCCAGAACCUCCACAACCAGCACCGCCGCCUGCUGGGGAUGGACGAGGUCAGGUCGGAGAGGAGGUUGGGCCGCAUGUUCUACGCCGUCACCUUGCUCUUCCUCCUCCUCUGGGCUCCUUACGUGGCCGCCUGCUUCUGGCGGGUUUUCGUCAAGUCCUGCAGCGUUCCUCACCGGUACCUCUCCGUCACCGUCUGGAUGAGCUUCGCCCAGGCCGGGGUCAACCCCAUCUUCUGCCUACUGCUCAACGAGGACCUGAGGAAAGUGCUCAGGGCCCACCUGCCCACCUACUGGAGGACUAAGCAACAUCUACCCCAAGACGAGGCCUACUGCAUCAUGUGA